AUGUUAUAUGCUGACGAAUAUUCUUAUUGUUAUAGUUCAGGUGAUGAUUCUUUUUCUUAUAUUUUAGAUUCAAGUUAUUGUCCAAUACAUAAUACAGUUCCUCCUCCUCCUCCAUCAAUAGGUAUAUGUACUCUUCAUCAACCAUAUUCAUAUUAUAAUUAUGUUCCUGUUGUUCAACAACAACAACAACAACAACAACAACAAGUAAGUAAUAAAAUAAAUUCAUCUUCUUCUAUAUUUCAGAUUCGUCCAGAAAAGACUCGUCGUUUUUCUUCUGAACAAAUUCGUAUUCUUGAAGAACAUUUUUAUAAAAUUGAUAAAUAUUUAUCAAAAAUAACAAUUGAUGAUCUUUCAACUCGAACUCAAUUAACACCAGCUCAAAUUCGUGUUUGGUUCAAUAAUAAACGUACUAGAGAAUAUCGUUAA